AUGAGGCUCUUAUUUUGGUUUCAGCUAGUGUGCACUCUAAUUGCAGUCACUGCCGCUGGUGAUGACUUUUCUUUCACAAAUGUGGACUACACGGGGUUUGCCUGUAAAGCUGCUCUAUACUCUACAGCUGUCUAUUGUGCGACGGAUUCUAGUUACGACUACCUCUGCUAUUGUGACAAUGACAGUGCGAUAGGCUCCUUCAUGUAUUGUGCUUAUGACAACCUGAAAUCAGAGAAAGACCGCAGGCUAAUCCGAGAGUUCUUUCUGGAACAGUGCCCCAAUGCUACGGAUUCGCACUUGGAAGCUGUUUACCAAAAUGCUUCGCGAUACAUGGUGAAUACUUCCACGCUUGCUGAUUUCAACCGCACCAAAGCAAUUGACUUUCCGGUCUAUUACAAUAUUCCACUUUUCGAUGCGAAUUUCGCUACUUACAGGGCAUUCUACUCGAACUACAAGAAGGGCCUUCAUUGGGGCGCCGCUCUGGUUGGGUAUUGGGGAAUUAUCAUGUUCUGUGGUAUGGUCUCUUCUAUGGCGCAUAAGUUUGCCCCCACUCUGGUCAUCUCGGCAAAUAAAAUGGCUUCUCGGACGUGGAUUGUUCGGACGUACAGAAAGUUUGUCUCAAUUCCAGCUUUGUUUGGACCUAGUCACGCCGACAGAAUAAUCAUGGGUGGUGCUCUACCAACGCGUUUGGACUCAUUGAUCAUCUGCGGAUUUUGCGCAUUAUGCGUCAUCUUCCAAGCUGCAGGUUACGAGCAUGUUGAGAAUAACACCUUUUUCGAAAACAAGACAGUCGAACUGACACGUCUAGUGGGUGACCGAAGCGCUUUCAUCUCGAACUUUUUGAUGACCAUAACUUAUCUAUUCGCGGGAAGAAACCAGCUGUUCCUAUGGCUCACUGGGUGGAAGCAAUCUACCUUUGUCACGUACCAUAAGUGGGUUGGCCGCAUGCUCGUUCUCACUGUAUUGAAUCACACGCUAAGCAUGUUGAUCACAUUCGUGGUUGCAGGCUACUACAAGGAGGAUAGUGUCGAAGAGUGGUGGAUAUACGGAGCCGUCGCCGUUGUUGCCGGUGGUAUCAUGUUCUUGCAAGCCAUGAGUUGGUUACGAGUCAAAAAUUAUGAAAUUUUCCUGUACGUCCACAUACUCAUGGCGAUUGCAUUCUUGCUUGGCGCUUGGAGACAUAUUGAUUACUUUGGCUACGGUCCCUGGGCCUAUGCGACUGCCGCCAUUUGGUGUUUUGAUCGCUUUAUCAGAUUGGUUCGUAUCUUUUCAUUUGGGGUCAAGACUGCCAAGGUAUGCAUUGUCUCAGACGAGACUUUACAGAUCACAGUGGACAGAGGGUCUUGGUGGCCAUUCUUCCCCGGUGCGUUUGGAUACUUGCACAUUCUAAAAACUUCUGUGUUCUGGCAAUCGCAUCCGUUCACUGUGGUCAAGACCGAUAACAAUGAGUUGCGUUUUUACAUCAAGAUUAAGAAAGGUGUCACCGAGACUUUGUAUAAGCAGCUUUUGAGCGAACCAAACUAUACGGGCGAAGUCAAGGUCGCUGUUGAAGGACCAUACGGCGACUACAAGCCUGCUGAAGCUUACGACCAGGUGCUAAUGUACAGUGGUGGUAACGGUAUUCCAGGACCAUUUGCGUAUGCCAAGGAAUUGGGUAAGACGACAAUUGAUGAAACUACCAAAUUCGUGAAACUAUACUGGGUAAUCAGACACUGGCACUCGAUGGAUUGGUUUUUGGAGGAGUUGCAAUUGCUUCAGAGAUACGCUAACGUACAGACGGUAAUCUACGUUACGAAGGCACACGAAGGAAAGCUUGGCGAGAAGCUGACGGCUCACUUUGACACCAGCUCUCCUUCGUCUUCAUCCGAAAAGGGCUCCGAAGGACAUGAGGUUGUUGUCAGUCACGACUACUUGGAAACUGUGCACAAGAUGCUGCCUCACAUCGAGUUCAGAGAAGGCAGACCAAACAUGGCGGAGAUCGUUAAUCAGGACAUCGACGAAUGUGACGACAAAAACGUUGCAGUUAUUACGUGUGGCCACGGUAACAUGUGUGACGAAGUGCGUGCCGCUAUUGCAGACAAAGUUGGCUCCCAUAAGAAAAGCAGAAUUGACAUAUUCGAGGAAUUGCAGACCUGGUAA